AUGACGACGGAACUUGAUGAAAGUUUGGACAAAAGCAACAUCAAAUGUGUCCUAGUUGGAGAUAGCGCUGUUGGAAAAUCAGGCUUAGCUGCCAGGAUCACCAACAAUACAUUUCCUACAGAAUAUUCACCAACUUUGUUUGAUAAUUAUGCUGUAACUGUCAUUAUUCAAAAUGAGCCUUAUGUAUUGAGUAUAUUUGACACACCUGGUCAGGAAAAAUACAAUCGUUUACGGACACUUUCUUACCUGAAGUGCGAUGUUUUUGCCAUAUGUUUCUCAGUUGUUAAAAGGGAUUCUUACUUGCACGUAUCUGAGAUUUGGCUUCCUGAAAUUCGGCGUUACCUUCCUGAGACUCCAUUCUUGUUAGUUGGUACACAGACAGAUUUGCGUCCAGCUCCUAGUCCCUUAACCAAACAUAUUGUUACAUCUGCAGAAGGAAGCAAAAUGGCAGACAGAUUGGGUGCUCAUUGUUAUGUGGAAUGUUCAGCCCUAAUGGAUUUGGGCAUACAGACAGUAAUUCACAGACUUAUACGGGCAGCACAAGAUAUAGAACAACAUAACAAUAAAUCAGACACAUGUAUUAAAUGUGGUUGUCAGAUUGUUUAG